AGGAGUCCAGGACGUACCUGCAGGCUCUCACCACGCGCCUCACGGAGGAGAUGGAGGGACUCAAGGCGUCUGACCGCGCCACAGCCAGACAGGACAGCCAGUGGAAGGCGCGCAGGCUGCUGAAGACGGAGGCGUCGGCCAGGCUGGAGCUGCAGUCGGCGCUGGAGGCCGAGCUGAGGGCCAAGCAGAGCCUGCAGCAGGAGCUGAGCACGCUGAAGGCAGCCAGCCUUAGCACAGAGAGCAAGCUGCAGGAGGUAGAGGAACAGAACACGGAGCUGAGAGCAGAGGUGGAGAGACUGAAGAAGGAGAUUAAAUCGCUGCCCGUUUCAGAUCUCAGAGGAAGAGAUUCCAUUGUAACACUGAUGCCUCUUUCUCCUUCGCUCUCUGGUUCUCUCCCCCCUGUCCCCCUCUCAGAGAUCGUGCAGCUGGCCGAGUGCAAACGCGUGGUGCAGGUGGAGGUGGUGGGCGGCGCCGAGUGCGUGGCCGUGCUGUGUGGGCGGAGCCGCUCGGUGAGGCUGUUCACGUGGGACGAGCUCAAGGACCCGGACUGCGGGGGCUCCAAGCUGCCCGACACCCGCGGGGUCACCGUGCUGGCGCAGGGCAGCCUGGCUCAGGGCACCCAGCCCUGCCUGUGCGUGGCCAUCAAGAGACAGGUGCUGUGCUACCGGCUGGCCCCCGGCGCCCCGCGCUGCGCCAGGCUCUGCGAGGUGCAGGCGCCGGCCCCCGUGCAGUGGCUGGGGGUGUUCGGGGACCGGCUGUGUGUGGGGUACCCCUCCGGGUUCUCUCUGUACUCUCUGGUCAAGGAGGUCCCCCCUGUGGCCCUGCUGAGCCCCGAGGACCCCUCCCUCCUGCCCCUCCCCCAGCCCCCCGCCCCCGACGCCCUGUGCGCGGUCGAGAUCGCCCGGAACGAGCUGCUGCUGUGCUUCGCCAGCGUGGGGCUGUACGUGGACUGCAGGGGGCGCCGCGCUCGCCACAGGGAGCUGAUGUGGCCCAGCCUGCUGACGCACUGCUGUUACAGCGCCCCCUACCUGUUGGCGUACAGUGAGAGCGGCAUCCAUGUGUUCGAUGUGAAGAGCAUGGAGUGGGUCCAGACCAUCGCAGUCCAGAAA